CAGCAUCAGCUGAGCGCAGGCGCAAUAGUCUUGGCGGGUUUGACUACCAUGGCGUGGGUUCAGGCCGAGUCUGCGGUGGAAGAGUUGAUGCCACGGUUGUUACCUGUGGAGCCCUGUGACUUGACGGAAGGUUUCGAUCCCUCGGUGCCCCCCAGGACGCCGCAGGAAUACCUGAGAAGGGUGCAGAUCGAAGCGGCUCAGUGUCCAGAUGUUGUGGUAGCCCAAAUUGAUCCAAAGAAGUUGAAGAGGAAACAAAGUGUGAAUAUUUCUCUUUCAGGAUGUCAGCCUGCCCCAGAAGGUUAUUCUCCAACACUUCAGUGGCAGCAGCAGCAAGUGGCCCAGUUCUCAGCUGUUCGACAGAGUGUGAACAAGCAUAGACAUCACUGGAAAUCUCAGCAGUUGGAUAGCAACGUGACAAUGCCAAAAUCUGAAGAUGAAGAAGGCUGGAAAAAAUUUUGUCUAGGUGAAAGGUUGUGUGCUGAAGGGGCUCUUGGACCAUCUACAGAUGAAAGCCCUGGGAUUGAUUAUGUCCAGAUUGGUUUUCCUCCCUUGCUUAGUAUUGUAAGCAGAAUGAAUCAGGCAACAGUCACUAGUGUCUUGGAAUAUCUGAGUAAUUGGUUUGGAGAAAGAGAUUUUACUCCAGAAUUGGGAAGAUGGUUUUAUGCUUUGCUGGCUUGUCUUGAAAAGCCUUUAUUGCCUGAGGCUCACUCACUGAUUCGACAGCUUGCAAGAAGAUGCUCUGAAGUUAGGCUCCUCGUGGGCAGUAAAGAUGAUGAAAGAGUUCCUGCUUUGAAUUUACUGAUCUGCUUAGUUAGCAGGUAUUUUGACCAGCGUGAUUUAGCUGAUGAGCCAUCUUGAUAGAGCUUAACUCCUGGGGAUGGAAGAUAGUUCGUCGAAAGUGGCCUGAGUCUGAGGAAGCAUAAUGCCAAUUUGAGAACAGAGUACAUCACUUCUUCAACAUUCUGUGAAGUGUUUCAUCUUAAUCUGCAGCUCAAGUUGAUAUUCAAAAUGUAGACAGUAUUGAAAUAGCUAAGGAAAAGCCCACGGAGUAUCUGAUGAACAGUUGGGAUAGUUUCUUCAGUCAUGUGCAUUGAAAAUAGAUCAAGUGUGACUUAUUACUUAAGCAGCUUGCAUAAAAACUGAUGAAAUUUUAUACCGGUCCCUGGUGCUGUUUCAUUGUUUGUUUACAAAUAUACAUAUGUAUUUAUGUUAAAUGUAUUUUGACUACUCAAAUUUUGUUUGACUCUUGAACAAAAUAAAAGACUGUGGGUGUCCUUAUAAUUAGAAUUCAUACAGAUGAAAUGGCAAAUAUGUUCAUAGUCAACAAAACUAACUAAAUGUUCAGGUUUAAACUCAGUCAUUUAAUUGUACAGUAACCCCACAGGUGUUUUCAGGACUCUAGAACUGUCCGCACCCUUCAUCCAGCUCCUGACUUCUCAGAAGUACAGUUAUUGUGGAGGUAAUUAAUAUCCACUGUGGUGGUCUGAAGAAGAUGGUCCCCAUAGGCUCCUAUAGUUGAAUGCUUAGGGUGUGGCAUUAGGAGGUGUGACUGUUGAAGGAAGUGUGUCACUGAGAGUUUCAAGAGUUCCAGUGUCUCUUCCUGCUGCCUGCCCAUUCCUCUCGGCUCCUACUUCAGCACCAAGACACACACAAAAUGUAAAGGCUGGGUAUCAAAAGCCUUGGAGAAUGACUCCACAAUUUAUUUGUAACUUUUAUACCUGGAGCAUUGAUAUUAACUGUUCGUAUGUAUACUUCUAUAUAUAGUGCAGUAUUUUGUGACAAUAUGGGGGGUUGUUCUUUUUU